AUCACCAUGUCAUCGCCGACACAGAGACGAUCUAUGCGCGGAAGUGCCAGUAAUACACCGCGUCGCUCACAGCGCGGUUCACAAGUUCCACGCUCCUCGGAACCACCGGCCAGCGAUCCCCCUCUACCAGACGCAGACGCAGAUGUAGACGCGAACUCACAAUUGCUGAGCGAGGCGAAUGGCGCAUCUUCACGCAACGGUACACCAAGAGGGACCCAGAACAGUAACAGUCAAAGUCAAGCACCACCAACCAGCAGUCCGUUGUUCUUUAGGGAUUCGCCUGCUGGAAGUCAGUCGCAGUCGCAGAGUCAGGGUCUGGGGGUGCCAGAAAGAGGAAGCGUGAAUGGCAGUAGUCCAUUGAGACAGCGAGCGGACGUAAAUACACCAGCGGGGCUGAGCAGUGAUGGAGGAAGGACACCCAGAGCGAACGGGGGUAUUGGCGAUUCAUCGCCAAUCCACUAUGCGACAAGCUCGGAUGCUGCAGGUCCAGCAUCGAAUGGCCGGCGCCCACAUGGAACGAGCUCCUCGGGAUUAUUUGUGCGUUCCGGUAUGGGCAGUCAGCCCAACGCAAGAGACAGGAGACACGAUGUCAACUCGGAUCUACUAGAGAGCAGUGGACGUCGACGUCAACUCUUCGUGGAUGAAAAUGGAGCCCCAGUACAAGGACAGUCGGACACAAACACUUUCUCGAAUCUCAACCCAGACACUUCGGACGCGGCAGCUCUUGGUGGUCGAGGUACAAGACUGAUUUGGGGUACCAAUAUUUCCGUUACAGACUCCUGGUCCGCUUUCAAGGACUAUCUGUACAACUUCCAGAAGAAAUAUCGCAUGAUACAAGAUGGCGAACUUAUGGAAGGGGAGCAUAUUGCACCUGGCGAGCCUGGAGCGCAGAAAGAGGCACUUGCACAACUCGAGACAAUGCUGGAGCUGGGCACAAAGUGUUUCUAUUUGGACUGCCGCAACCUGAAGGCUUAUCCAGGCACUAGAAAGCUGUGGCAUCAGCUACAAGCAUAUCCAAGUGAACUGGUACCACUGAUUGACUCUGCUGUGAAGGAUACUCUUAUGGAACUGGCAGAAAAGAAGAUGAGUGAAAGGAGGUCGCAGUCUAUGCAGCAGAACGGCCAAAAUCGCGCCAGAGAUUCUAGUUCUGUGCCUCCCAUGCCCAGCUCAGAUGUUGAUAAUAAUAUGGGCGGCGAGACUCCAAGACCCACACAGCAGAGUACCAUCGAAGAGCAGGAUCUUUAUGCAGAAGUCGAGAGUUCUUCAUACAGAGUUCGUCCAUUUGGUCUCGACAGAAACGUCAAUCUGCGAGAUUUGGAUCCGAAGGACAUGGACCAGCUGGUUUCGGUUAAAGGACUGGUCAUUCGUUCAACGCCAAUCAUUCCAGACAUGAAGGACGCCUUUUUCCGUUGCUCUGUCUGUCAUCACACCGUCAAGGUCGAUCUCAAUCGGGGCAAGAUUGCUGAACCAACUCGAUGUCCGCGUGAGGUCUGCAGCGCCAGCAAUAGCAUGCAGAUUGUUCACAAUCGUUCUGGCUUUGCAGAUAAGCAGGUCAUCAAACUGCAAGAAACACCUGACUCGGUACCAGACGGACAGACGCCACAUUCUGUCAGCCUCUGCGCGUACGACGAGCUCGUCGAUGUCUGCAAGGCUGGUGAUAGAGUGGAGAUUACUGGUAUCUUCAAGUGCAACCAAGUUCGGAUCAAUCCACGCCAGCGAUCCGUCAAGAACAUUUUCAAGACUUACGUUGAUUGCUUGCACAUUCAAAAGGUCGACAAGAAGCGCAUGGGUAUCGAUACGAGUACGAUUGAAGAACAGCUUGCCGAACAGGCUGCUGGCAGCAUCGAGGAAACGCGCAAAGUGAGCGAGGAAGAGGAGGCCAAGAUUCGCGACACAGCCGCAAGACCUGAUGUCUAUGAGCUUCUUUCUAGAUCUCUCGCUCCAUCAAUCUACGAGAUGGACGAUGUCAAGAAGGGUAUCCUGCUUCAGCUGUUUGGUGGCACAAAUAAGAGCUUCGAGAAAGGUGGUUCGCCAAGAUACAGAGGAGAUAUCAACGUGCUCUUGUGUGGUGAUCCAUCGACAUCGAAGUCGAAAAUGCUGGAAUACAUCCACAAGAUCGCUCCUCGAGGUGUGUACACCUCUGGCAAAGGCUCUUCUGCCGUCGGUCUUACAGCGUAUGUGACUCGCGAUCCGGAGACACGAUCUCUCGUCCUCGAGUCUGGUGCUCUCGUCCUCUCAGAUGGUGGUGUCUGCUGCAUCGAUGAGUUUGACAAGAUGUCCGAUGCCACACGCUCGGUGCUGCACGAAGUGAUGGAACAGCAGACUGUGUCCAUCGCGAAGGCUGGAAUCAUCACCACUCUCAACGCGAGAACAUCCAUUCUGGCUUCUGCCAAUCCAAUUGGCAGCAAGUAUAACCCCAAUCUGCCGGUGCCACAGAACAUUGACCUUCCUCCAACACUCCUAUCGCGUUUCGACUUGGUGUAUCUCGUACUUGACCGUAUCGAUGAAUCGACAGAUCGCAAGCUCGCCCGGCACUUGGUCGGCAUGUACCUUGAGGACAACCCCGACAAUGCCAGCAGAGACGAGAUACUGCCCAUCGAAUUCCUAACAUCCUACAUCUCCUACGCCCGCUCAAACAUCCACCCCACAAUAACCCAACCGGCGGCCGACGCGCUCGUCCGCUCCUACGUGGCCAUGCGAAAACUCGGCGAAGACAUCCGAGCCCAAGAACGCCGCAUCACAGCCACCACGCGUCAACUCGAAUCCAUGAUUCGUCUUUCCGAAGCUCACGCCAAAAUGCGUCUGUCUCUCACAGUUGAGGAAUCCGACGUGGAAGAAGCUGUCCGCCUGAUCCAAUCGGCCCUGAAACAAGCCGCUACAGACGCGCGGACAGGUCUGAUCGACAUGGGACUCUUGACCGAAGGGACGAGUGCAAGCGAGAGAAAGAGAAAAGAGGAUCUGAAAAUCGGUGUUCUCGGAGUUCUUGAUGCUUUGUUGGCGUCAGGGUCCAUGAGUGUGAGAUAUGGAGACGUUGUGAGAACCUUGUCGGAACAGAGUUCGGUUUCGGUCGACGGAGGGGAAUUCGCAGAGGCUGUGAGGAGUUUAGAGGCAGAGGGUAAAGUCCAACUGUUGGGUGAGGGCCCGAGGAGGAGUAUCAGGAGGGUGACGGGGGUUGCUUGAUUUAGGCAAUUUGAUGACAAUUGCAUGCAUGUGAAAAGUGUAAGGGGCGCUACAUGCAUGCAUAAUGGAACAUUGAAGAUCUGGUAUAGAUACCUGGUAGGUAUGGGUCAAGACUGGGUGGUCAUGCCCCACGCGCUCUGAAUCGAAUCACG